AUGUCGAAGGACUUCAUCAUCAAACACAUGAACGCCGACCACAGCGACUCCCUCCAGCUGUACCUCCAGGCCUUCUGCGGCAUCUCCGCCCGCGCCGCCAAGGGUGCCUCGCUCGAGGACAUCACCCUCGCAAAUGUGACCGUUCAGGCCCAUGGCACGCGCUACAGUGUCCCCUUCGACCCGCCAAUGAAGGAUUACAGCGAGUCCCGCAGCCGCCUCGUCGCGCUACACAAGGAGAGCCUGAAGCGUCUUGGCCGUUCCGACGUCACCCUCACCCAGUACCGUGCGCCGCACGGAUUCCAGAUCGUCAUCUUUGGGCUCUGUCUAUUCACCUACAUCUCCUGCUGGCGUCGCGAUAACCUCCUGCCCGGAGCAUGGGUCUACGAGAACCUGGGCUUCCAGCUCGUCCCGGACUUUGCCCAUUUUAUUUACACCAUCUGGCCGGUCUUCUUUCCCUCGGUGCUGGCGAUCCACAUCGCUGAGUCGGUUGCGCUCGCUGUCUUGCGGUUGAAGCCUAUGGGGGUGCGUCUGGGAUCGAAGUUGUGGUUCGCGUGGGUGGGUUCGUGCUUCAUUGAGGGGUUUGGCACUUUCAUGCGGAUCGGGGAUAUUGUCAAGGAGGAGCGGGCGAAGAAGGGAGGGAAGAGCGAGUGA